AUGAUCUCCAGACAGCAGCGUGUCCGAGGCGGGUCCCAGGGCUUUAGCUGUAGCUCGGCCGUCAUAGGUGGGGGCAAAAGGGCUGCUUUCAGCUCGGCCUCCAUGUCUGGGGGUGCGGGCCGCUGCUCCUCUGGGGGCUUUGGCAGCAGGAGUCUCUACAACCUCGGGGGGAACAAGAGCAUCUCCAUCAGCAUGGCUGGAUGCCGGCAAGGUGCUGGUUUUGGGGCUGCUGGAGGUUUCGGGGCUGGCAGUUUUGGUUCUGGUUUCGGCGCCAGCAGCUUUGGAGGUGGAUUCGGGGGCUCCUUCAAUGGACGGGGUGGUGCCAGCUACCCCGUCUGCCCUGCUGGGGGGAUUCAGGAGGUCACCAUCAACCAGAGCCUGCUGACCCCACUCCAUGUGGAGAUUGACCCCGAGAUACAGAAGGUCCGGACUGAGGAGCGAGAGCAGAUUAAGACCCUCAACAACAAGUUUGCUUCCUUCAUAGACAAGGUGAGGUUCUUGGAGCAACAGAAUAAGGUCCUGGAGACCAAGUGGAACCUCCUCCAGCAGCAGACGACCACCACAUCCAGCAAAAACCUGGAGCCCUUCUUUGAGACUUACCUCAGUGCCCUGAGGAAGCAGUUGGAUAUUUUGGUCAAUGACAAAGGCCGCCUGCAGUCUGAGCUGAAGACCAUGCAGGACAGUGUGGAGGACUUCAAGGCCAAGUAUGAAGAUGAGAUCAACAAACGCACAGCUGCCGAGAAUGACUUUGUGGUGCUCAAGAAGGAUGUGGAUGCUGCCUACAUGAACAAGGUGGAGUUGGGGGCCAAGGUGGAUGCCCUUAACGAUGAGAUCAACUUCCUGAGAGUCCUCUAUGCUGCGGAGCUGUCUCAAAUGCAGAACCAUGUCAGUGACACAUCCGUCGUCCUGUCCAUGGACAACAACCGGGACCUGGACCUGGACAGUAUCAUCGCUGAGGUCCGUGCCCAGUAUGAGGAGAUCGCCCAGAGGAGCAAGGCCGAGGCUGAGGCCCUGUACCAGACCAAGUUCCAGCAGCUCCAGAUCUCAGUUGACCAAUAUGGUGACAACCUGAAGAGCACCAAGAGUGAGAUUGCAGAACUCAACAGAAUAAUCCAGAGGCUGCGGGCUGAGAUUGAGAAUGUCAAGAAGCAGUGCCAGACUCUGCAGGCCUCUGUGGCUGAUGCUGAGCAGCGUGGGGACCUGGCCCUGAAAGAUGCCUUUAGCAAGCGUGCAGAGCUGGAAGCUGCUCUGAAGAAGGCCAAGGAGGAGCUAACCCGGAUGCUGCGCGACUACCAGGAGCUCAUGAGCGUGAAGCUGGCCCUGGACAUUGAGAUUGCCACCUACCGCAAGCUGCUGGAGGGCGAGGAGUUCCGGAUGUCUGGAGAAUGCCAGAAUGCUGUGAGCAUUUCUGUGGUCAGUGGUGCCACCAGUGCAGGAGGCAUUGGUGGAGGAUUAGGAAGCUUCUCCGGGUUUGGCCUGGGGAGUGGCUUUGGUUCUGGCUCUGGAAGUGGUUAUGGGUUUGGUAGCGGUGUCAGUUCCAGCAACAAGACCAUCUCUAGCACCACCCUGACCAAGAGAGCUCACCGACAGACGAAAUGAGGUCCCUGCAGUCCCCUGAGCCUACCUGGGCCCAAUCCUGGUGUCUCUGUGCUUCCUUCACUUCUGUCUGCACCCUCCCCUUCUGGAGCUCAGUGUCACCUCAGUGCCAGGGAGUGGACUCUGUCCUCUUGGAGUUUGGUAGCUUCUUCUCAGUUUAGGCUUGGUGACUCACCUGGAAUGGGGGGUGUGUCAGCUGACUCUUCAACCCCCAUGGACAGAGGAGAACACAACUAGGAGCAUCAUGUCCAGAAUCAUCGGGAUCACAUAUGUCCCUUCCCAGCCCAGUGCCAUCUCCUAUCAGAUCUCAGACAUCCCUCUAUAUCAAGACUGACUCCCCCAUCACUUGGUAGCAACUGGCCCUGCAUGGUCAGGACAAGAACCAUUCAGUGUCCCAACUUUUCUCUUUCUCUCUAUCCA